AUGAAGCUAGAUAUAAAAAAGGCUUUUAGCACAAGGUCGGACAGAGUCAAAGGAAUUGACUUCCACCCAACCGAGCCAUGGGUUUUGACCACACUUUAUUCCGGUCGUGUUGAAAUUUGGAACUAUGAGACCCAAGCAGAGGUGAGAGUAAUCACUGUGACAGAUACUCCUGUGAGGGCUGGUAAGUUCAUAGCCAGAAAGAAUUGGAUUGUUGUCGGUUCAGAUGACUUCAAGAUCAGAGUAUUCAAUUACAACACUGGUGAGAAGGUUGCGGAUUUCGAGGCCCACCCUGAUUAUAUUCGGUCCCUGGCAGUCCAUCCCACUAGACCCUACGUCCUCUCCGGCUCGGAUGAUUUGAACAUCAAGUUGUGGAACUGGGAGAAAAAUUGGACUUUGGAACAAACUUUUGAAGGCCAUGAGCACUUUGUCAUGUGCGUUGCUUUCAAUCCAAAAGAUCCCAGCACUUUCGCAUCUGCUUGUUUGGAUCACACUGUUAAAAUCUGGUCUUUAGGUCAACCUACUGCUAAUUUCACCAUGAACGCUCAUGAGACUAGGGGUGUUAACUUUGUCGACUACUACCCUCUUCAAGAUAAACCAUACCUCAUUACUAGUUCUGAUGAUCGUACCGUUAAAAUUUGGGAUUACCAAACAAAAUCAUGUGUUGCUACCCUAGAAGGCCAUAUGGCCAAUGUCUCUUAUGCUGUGUUCCAUCCAACACUACCCAUCAUCAUUUCAGGUUCCGAAGACGGCACUAUGAAAAUAUGGAACGCUAAUACUUACAAAUUGGAGAAGACUUUAAACCUUGGCUUAGAAAGAAGUUGGUGUAUUGCAACACACCCAACGGGCAAGCGUAAUUACGUUGCAUCUGGUUUCGACAAUGGAUUUACAGUGUUAUCACUAGGUAACGAUGAACCAAAGCUGUCUUUGGAUCCAGUUGGUAAACUCGUUUGGUGCGGUGGUAAGAAUGCAUCAGCCACUGAUGUGUUUACUGCUGUAAUUAGAGGAAACGAGGGCUCGGAGGACGGAGAAACUAUCUCUUUACAAACCAAAGAGCUUGGUAGCAUUGAUGUAUUCCCACAAUCUCUGAAUCAUUCUCCAAAUGGAAGGUUCGUCGCUGUUGUUGGGGAUGGUGAGUUUAUCAUUUACACAGCCUUAGCAUGGAGAAACAAAGCGUUUGGGAAAUGCUAUGACUUUGUGUGGGGACCCGAUUCUAACAGCUAUGCCUUGAUCGACGAGUCAGGAACAGUAAAAUGUUACAAGAAUUUCAAGGAACUAACUUCAUGGUCCAUCCCCCUGGAGUUCGGUAUCGAAAAAUUGUAUCCAGGUGCUUUACUUGGUGUGAAAGCUGACGGAUUUAUCAAUUUCUUUGACUGGGAAACAGGUGCCCUGGUGAGAAGAAUAGAUGUGGAUGCUCACGACGUAAUUUGGUCUGAUAAUGGUGAAUUGGUUUUGAUCAUCAACACCAAGGACGAAAAUAACGCUGAAGAAAGCGGCGCAUACGCGCUGGCGUUCAACAAGGAUGUUUAUGAAAACUUUGUUGCCAGUGAGACUGAAGUUGGAGAGGAUGGUGUUGAUGAUGCAUUCGAUGUUCUUUAUGAAAUAAAUGAAGAAAUCAAUUCCGGUAAAUGGGUUGGUGACGUCUUUAUUUUCACCACAACUUCGAAUAGAUUGAACUACUUCGUCGGUGGGAAGUCCUAUAACCUUGCUCAUUUUGACAAAGAGAUGUAUAUGCUUGGGUACUUGCCUCGCGACAACAGAGUCUACUUGGCCGAUCGGGAUAUUCACGUUACGAGCUACCAAAUCUCCAUCGAAGUUUUAGAAUUCCAGACUUUGGUUUUGAGAGGAGAGUUAGAUGAAGCAAAAACUGCAAUUUUGCCGAAUAUCGAGGGUAAGGAAAAUCUUUUGAAGAUAUCUAGAUUCCUGGAAGGUCAAGGCUAUUUAGAAGACGCUUUGGACGUAAGUCCUGAUGCUGAUCAAAAGUUUGAUAUUGCCUUGGGGCUAGGAAAGCUAUCUCUAGCAAAUGAGAUUGUCCUAGAUGAUGAAAACGAACAUAAGUGGAGAAGACUGGCUGAUGCUGCGCUAGAGAAAUUCAAUUUCAAACUCGCAAUCGAAUCUUACAAGAAAGCCUCUGACCUUGAAUCGCUAUUUUUGCUUUACUCGUCAUUUAGCGACAAAGAAGGCUUAAAAGACUUGGCACAAGACGCAGAGAAGGCCGGCAGUUACAAUUUAGCUUUCAAUUCUUAUUGGCUAAUUGGUGAUAUAACCUCUGCGAAAUCUUUGCUACUUGCAAGUGACAGGUUCUCUGAAGCAGCCAUGCUGGGCUUCGUUUAUGGAGAGACCAAGGAUGAAGUCAACUCGGUGGUUCAGAAAUGGAAGGAGAAUUUAAUUCAAAGUGGCAAAAGUUCGAUCGCUGCGAGAAUUAGCUUAAUUGGAGAGGUUGAUGGGUUCCCUCCUAUUGGGGAAUCUUUGAUUGAAUUAGAUUCCCAUAGCGAGGAACCACAGAGCACCGCCAGCCCAAACCUAGAUGAUGAAGCUGACGCACAGGAGUUCGAUGAUGCAAAUGGAGAAGCCGAAGAAGACCCUGGCAGCGUACAAGAGCAGGAUGAAUCACAGGCAUGA